AUGCGAGUCGCGCCGCUCGAGACGCCCCGCUCCGAAUCCGGAACGGGUGCGCGAGUCUCGCAUGUGUUGGGCGUACUCUGGCUGUGGCUCGUUCUUGCUGGUAACAUCUAUUGUCUUUUGUACGUCUUUGGGCCGCGACUCGCCAACGACCUGUUCUGGCCACACUACAACGCGUCGGGGUACCAAGCCUAUGUGGUUGAUGCGCUGAACGAGCUUUUGGAGACGGCGCCCGAUGCGUCCAGCGUCGACUUGAGCGUGGUGACGACUGAGGCACGCUACGACAGUCUACUGACGACUACGAUGGUGCACCCAACGUACACGAUGGCGCUCCUGACGACGAAGUUAUCUUCGCUCGACCAUGCUGUUACUCGUUUGCGCAACAUGUCGUUGGACAAUGUUUUGUGGCUUCCGACGCAGUACUGCUGGGUCGACUUUAACAAAUCGCUCGAGCUCGCCCACACCGCGACACGCCAAGAGCGCUGCCGUCGGCAGUACGCGGCAAAUGGCGCUGUGUACUUCGAGGCGGUCGCUCGCAAUAUGGACUAUGUCGCAUUCACAACGACGCCGGACCCUAACCUCUGCUUUCUACUCGCAAUCCAGCGUGGCCUCGAGGCCUCGUCAGUGGGCGUCCGCUGGCUCGACUCGGUCGCUCAUGUCACGACAACCGUGGGGGAAGAAGUCGCUGCUUGGCAGCUGCAUGGCAUCACUGCGUUCCGCUACCAGUGGCAGAACGUGCUAGUCCCUCGUCUCGACGAGGCAGCGACGCUUGUCAACGCCCUUGGCAUCGAGUCGUCUUUGACGCUCAAGAGCAUCGCCAGCAGUCAUGGCGCUGGAUCGUCAGAUGCCUUCAGUGGGUCAUUCGCUGUCGAUGUGAACUCCGUCUGCGCGUGCAACAUGAGCCUCAUUCGGGACACCCCCAACUUUCUCAAUACAACCUGCGUUGAGACGCUAGCGCAACCCUUCGAGGCGUACACGUACGCUCCAUUCUUUUUUGGCGCCACCCACACGAGCUUGGUCCGUGCCGCCCUCGGGCCGUUGGGCUCGAUCGACCUCCUUGUCGUGUCGCCGCCGGUGGCUCUGAUCUCUCUCACGAGAGCCCUAUCGACAGCGAUUUACAGAGAGCUCGAGACUGCAUCGGCCACCCGCUACGCCAAACUUCGGACGUUUACGGUGGCGCCAACGCCGCCAGCGUGGACGACAGCGUCCUUUGCCUUUUACGGCGGUAGCCUCCUGUGUGACCACGGGACGCCACAGACAUUUCUUCAGCCGCCGUUCGCAAGAGCCGACGAAUGCCGCGUGCAAUCACUGUGGACGAUGUCCGUGUCACCGAUCGCGAUGGUGUCUGUACUGACGUUAGUCAACGACUCAGUCGAGAGCAUCUGCGGACUGGUGACCUCGGAGGUGUGCGAGUCGUCCUUGCACCUGGCGCAGACCCUAGUCCCACGCAGCUUGAAUCCGAUUCUAGUCCAAAACGCUACUGCAACGACGGCAGCGAUCGGCAUUAGUGUCGUGCAAAUGGCUGUCGACACGGUCGAACUCAGCGAUACGCUCCUGCGUCAGCCGCUACUCGAAACAUCGUCCUUUGCGUUCUAUGGCUGGGUGCUUCUCUUGGACUGGGUUGCGGGCAAGCGCGAAGUAGUGUCGUUUCAAGGAGACAAUGGCACGCUUGUCGUGAUCUCGGACGCGUACGACACCACCGCGCAAACAUCGCCGGCGUCCCGCGUCUUGAGCCAAGCGUCCAUCACUGUCUACUACCUUCUGGUCUACUCCUCGCUGGUCCUAAGUGCACUCGUUCUCGUGAGCUCCCUUCAAUUUGGUACCCUCGACCGUCCAUUGCACCGUUCAUCAAUAGCCUCCUUUCACCGCGUCGCGAGUUCGACCUGGCUCGGUCGUCCGUUGGUCGGGCUUCGAGGUGCAACGGCCAUGCUGGUUCUGAGCUCGGCCCCCGUUGGCAUCGUUCGUCCCUUCAAUCUCUACACGCAACUGGAGCUGCCACGACGCCCACUUUUUGAGACGUGGGUGUUGGCGUGGGAGGCAGCGUGGGCGAGCUACGUCUUGCACGAGCUAAUGCUGCCACUCACACGCCAUGACGCGCGUGCGGCCGGGAUGCUGAGUACAACACUGCUCAUGGGCAGCUGCAUUCUUCUCGACGUCGUCUGGCCCGUGACGGUCGUAGCGUCGAUUGAUCGGUCGUGCACCGAAGCCGACCCUGCGCCAGAGUACAUUUACGCCAUGCAACUCGUUUGCAACAGUAGCUCGAUUGCACUUGGGAGCCCCCGCCGUCUCCUCCUUCUGGCAGUCGUAGCGAUGUCUGCCGUUGUUCUCUCCGUCGUUAUCUUCCACCACUCGAAACACCCGGUACGAACCCUGGACUCGCUGCUUGUGCCCGGCGUCGCCCACGCCUUCUAUAAGCAACAUGACGACGCUACGAGGCGCAUCGAUGACAUCUGCAUGGGUCUCCUACCAUGGCGCCAGAACGCCGUCCUUGAUAUUAAACUCUGGGCGAUCGUCCGUCCAGCGGCUGACGACGUGCUUACUCCUGUCGUCCCGAUGCUUGGACCUACCGUCCAUGUGAAGUCGUCGGGCGGUACUCGCCUGGAGCUUUCGUCCCGAGGCAAGGCGUUUCUGUGGCUAAUCGUGGGCUCUCUUUACGUUGGCCUCGACCUUGGCAGCAGCUUCUCGUACCUCAAGCUCUUGGAAACGACGCUCAGCAACGACCUCGUGUGGCCCGCCUUCAACAUCACGGGCGCGCAUGUCUUCUUGGCCAAAGGAAUGUCACAGUGGUCGUCGACAAUGGCCUUGCACGAUGCUGCCAUCAACCAAGUCGGCGUCUUCAACACUUCGGAUGCCUCGAUCGUCUACCCCAUUCAGCACGGCGCCAAAGUCCAGUACUCAACCCUAACCACUCUUCACGACGCGAUCUCGAGCCUCCGCAAAAUAGAUGGUUGUGACGGGCCGUGGGUCUUCACGCAGUACUGCUACCUCGACUUUGAUGGCGUGUGGGAAAUGGCCAACUCGAUCAAGCGCCAAGAGCGAUGCCAGUCGAAGGUCAACAACGGCGCCGUCUUUCUCGCUUCUCUGCUCCGAAAUGUCGAUCUCUCAACGUGCUGGAACGAAGAAUUUGAGAUUGGGUUUGGCUCCGAGCUGCGUCAGUCGACAGCCGGUCAAACGCUCUUGGCUUCUUUCACGCCACCGUACCGCUCAAUCGACGACGAAGAGUCUCAUUGGGCAUCGAAAAGUAUCUCGUCGUAUACACUGCAGUGGCAAAACUACAAGUCGAUUGGCCUCCUCUACUCGUACAGCAUUGUCAAUGCCUAUGGCAUUCCCUAUUCCUUCUCGCUCCAGUCCACCGCGGGGUACUACCGCAUCGAGAGCCAGACGUCGUUCAAAAUGUACUGGUCUUUGGCGAAUGAUCUCCGCCGUCUCACCACCAAUAUAUCAACCAUGGCUGGCACGAGUCUUCUUCGGUCCAGCAGUCGAUUUGCCUAUCGAAAUGCGUCCCUCCAAGAUGUACUGGUAACGGAAGACGUGCUACCACCGUUGCCGUGGAGUGCCAACUACGAGCGCUUGUCGUCGCACCUCGGGCCGUUUGGGUCCAUCGACACGGUCUACAUCAGCGCGCCAUCGGUGCUGCACGAGGCCAUCGCCGCGUUUCGCAUUGCAGUGGCUGGCGCGAGAAGGCGGAAUUCAACUUCGUACAUUUCGAUCCUUGAUGAGUUUUACACGACACCAGUGCCAACCAAGUGGAAUCGAACCAUCUACGCAGUAAGUGGCUCCGUCUUGUGCCCUAACCAGCCACGCCAUGCUCUGUCGUUGCUCGAGUACGUCAUCGGUGCCGACGCAUAUCAAAGGAGCUGCGCCUCCUACUACAGUGCUUUGGGUUUCGUACCGAUCCGCGACCAUAUUCUAUUCGCAGUGCACUUGGCCAACAUUGAGGCAACGACUACGAUCGCUGCAGUUUGUGCUCAUCAAGGCCCCUACAGCCGAGACACUUGUACGAGCAAGAUUCGCAACGCGCUGGCCUUUCUUCCAUAUCUCCCGACGCUGCCCGAGUGGCGCCCGUCGCUCAUUGCGGCCAUCCAGGACCUCAACGUUGAGUGGGCUCAGUUUGGAUACGCCAACGCGUCGUCUGCACCGGUGGAGCUCUUCCACACACCCGUGUUUGACCCAUCGGAUCCUACCUUUGACUAUUUUGCCUGGCUCUUCUUCUACGACUGGGCACUUGGCAACCGCGAGGUCAUCUCCUACCAAGGCGACGUCAAUACGCUAACCCUUAUGGGCAACACCUUGGCUUCGAUCUCACAAUCCGCGGAUCUGGGACAGCUACCAACAAUUUUCACUCUCUACGCGCGCCAAGCUGUCCAGUACGUCACCAUCUCCAUCAUUGCCCUCGCACUCCUCUCGCUGUUCUACCUCAUUCACGUGCGCGGUGCCAUCGAAGGCCGCAGUCUACUCCAGCUCAGUCGUGUCGGCGGACUUGUCUGGGUCGGUCGACCCCUUAUUGGUCUCCGGAGUAUCACCGCCCUCUCUCUCCUAUCGUCCGCCUCGGUGCAGCUCACAACCGACGCUCAGUUGAGCUACUUUGCGUUGCAAGCGGUGCCCUGGUACGCGACGUGUCUCGCGGCCAAUGAAGUCACGUGGCUUGUCGGCAUCGUCAACGACCUCGGACUGCCGUGGACGACGUGGCGCCUGCCAAAGUACGCUCUCAUCAGUAGCCUCCUCAUCUGGCUCGUAUCGGCGCUUCUGGCAAUCUUGGCACCUGUUCAGGCGAGUAUCACCGUCGCUCCUUCGUGCACCAUCGUCUCGCUCGACUAUCAAGUGCAGUGCCGCGCCGGCACUGUCGUCAUUGGGUCGCGUGCUCGCUUGCUGACGUUGAUUGGUGUCGUCUUUGCCUGCAACGUGCUCUGUUUCAGUGUUGCUCGGUGGUACUACCGAGAGGAUUUGCGGCUGCGGUCGUCGUCGCUCUUGCUGUGCAGUGGCGCGAAGUUUCUCUUCCGACAUGAGAAUUGGAUCAAGCACGAUGUCUACUACAUGGACCGUGCGUCGGCCGUCGUCAACGGACUCGUGAGCGUCGCUUGGAGAGACGAGUGGGUUGUGUUGGACGUCAAGACGUGGCGCCUGCAUCGACUGUCGCGACCAAAACGCAGCUUGCUACACAAUCGACUCUAUCAAGGCCUGCCUUUAGUCAACAACUGACCGUGAUGCAAAUUAUCAAGUCUUGAUAG